AUGAAUAAAACCGUGAUAUUAAUACAACUAAUAAUAUCCUCAAGUUUACCAAAUCCAAUAGAUGAAAUUCUAAUAUCGAGAGAUGUAGGCGACUCUAAAAUAACAGAACCAGAAACACUUCUCAAAAUUGAUACAAAAAAAACACCAGUUCUAUUAAAUGUAGAUGAUAUAAUUACGAGUAGUGAAGUAAAUCAAAAAAAUAAGAUACAUUCUGGCAUAAGGCGCUUAAAAGAAUCAGAGGAACAAGAAGACACUGUAAUAGAAGACUUAAAAUUUAUUUCAUCAAAACCUAAUAUAAAUAGUUCAGAAUCAAAGCAGAACGAGGAAGUAAAUCCUGUUCCAAAAUUAAGCCAACAAUUUAAAUUAGAAAAUGUUGCUAAAACAGAAGAUGUCGUACAAGCGAAAGUGAAUAACAUUGAAAGUACUACUACAAAUUUCGAAGUGAAUGGGAGAUCUGGAGAUGAUUUAGAAGAGUCGACUGAUAUUCCAAUUGAAUUUAAUCUUAGUAAAAAUGGUGAGGAAGAAUUUGAAUCAAAUUUAGCUAACGAUGAAUAUAAUUCUGAGUGGGAUUUAUUUGAUGAUACGAUAUCAACAAGAAGAAUGUUAAAGAACUUCAAAGACUUAACUGAAGAAACCAAAGAAACUACUUUUAUGGAAGAUGAAAAUAUAAAUAGUGUUCCAAAUCUUAACGUGCCAGAAAAUAACUCCCGUCGAACGUCUGGUGUAGUAAAAGAACAAGAUGAAGGAAAAAGAGGAAAAGAGGAAGAAAAUAGUGUAAAGCAAACGUCGGCAAUAAAUAAAGAAAAAGAAAACAAAAAUAAGCAUUUAGAAAGUAUACAAAAUUAUAACGUUGAAACAGAUAAUGAACGUCGAGCAUCUGAUAUAACUAAAGAAGAAAAACAGCUUGCGGAAAGCAUUAGAAUUUCUAAUCUAGACCAUGGCCCAAAUUUUGAUAAAAAAUAUGACAGUAAAAAUACUGAGGUUCCAGUAAUUCAACGCAUUCCGUUUAUUUAUCCUAGUCCUUCAGAACUUCAGCUAUAUAACAACCCAGCGAUACCAAUUUACCCCUUUAAAUCAGAAAAUUAUAAUAAUUAUAAAAUAAAUCGGAUUUCUCCUGUUACAAGAAGACAAGACUUUGAAGAUUAUAGUUCUAAAUCAUAUUACAGAAAACAUCUGUAUACACCUGUAGUGUUAGAACAAAAAUCGAUGACAACUAAUAUAAUUUCAAAAUUGGCAGAAGCAUCUGAGAAUUCUUAUAAAUUUGAAGCUGGUAAGGAAUACUUUAACAAGUUCAAACCUUUUAGUAGUUUUCAUAAUGUCAAUAAAAAUAUGUACGUUCCCAGGUAU